UUGUGAGUGGAGUGUUGAAUCAAUUGCAUAAAUUUGGAUUACUUAAACAUCUUGUGACUUCCUUUCUCGAUGCCUGAACUCAUGUCCAUGGUCUUUUUGUUCCUGCGGAUUCCUUCUUUCAACAUCAAGUACUUGAGGCCGAAAGACUCUUUGCCUUCGUCUUCAUCAGAAGAUCCCGUGAACUUACCAACAUCGUCGUCUUUGGUUGGUGAUUUCGCAACAAGAAUGUCUGAGUUUGAGGGUCAGGUUCUAAAUGGUGAGUGACAUUGAGUCUUUGAAAUGUCUGCACUCAAGUCUACCCUAGCUUUUGUAGCGGUGGCGAUGAAUUCAUUACAAUGGAGACAAAAUAAGCAGAAUUUGGCCAAAACUUGCCUGCUAUUUGUUUGAGAGAUAACAAGGAAUCAGGCCAUGAGCAAGUAUUCAGGACAAAAGUGUAGGAGAGAAGAACACGAAGAACAAACAUCUCAGAAAUAAUGGUGUUGAAAUGGAGGUUCGUGGGUUUCGGAGAGCUAAAUUUUGAUGAAUUGAUGAGUUGAAUUUUGAGAGAUGAAAUCUGACUGUAACUAAAUUUUAUGGUAACUUCCAUUGGGAAUGAACAUUUUUUUAUUAAUUCACAAUAUCUUAUUGUUGAGACAUUAAAAAUUCACCUGAGAGAAAACAAAGCCAGAAAAAUAAUAAAGCAGAUAGAGUGUUCUACAAAGAGUUUUCUAAGAAAAGCAGCCUCUAAGAAGAAAGCUCAAUAACUUUAACUUUGAAAAGGAACAAGUGAUGGGAUACAAAAUUCUGUCUUAAGAAUCAAAGUCAACAAGUAGCCGAAAGUUUAGAGAAGAGAGCAGAACGUCCAUGGACGAAACACCAAAUCAAGGAGUUCAAAAGUCUUGAUGGUGAUAUCUCCACAAACCUCGCCAGUCAAAUAUAUAGUGUAUCUCCCAAAAGUUAAGGCAACCUGUAAGACUCUGAAAUGAAGAGCAAUAUGAUGAGUGUGGUGAUGACUUUGAAGGCGAAGAAAGUUUCCACCUCAAAACUGGCUCUAACUUGGUUGUGGAUAGGAACUCUAACCAUUAGAUAUCCAAUUAAUGGAGAGAUUUCUUCAGAUGAUGAUUUUGAGGAAUAAAAUUAUAUCAAUUUGAAAUUGAGUUUAGACUCUUUGGAGCAGUCGUCUCCUUCAAAAGUAGCAUAGUGAGGUGGAAAUUCGCCAUUGUGUUUGCUAUUGCAAGUUCACCCUCUUUCAACCUGCAUUUGGUUUCUUCGUGAAGCUCUGAAUCCUGCUUGAUGUGCUGACCUCGCUUCUCUGUAAACUCCUUUUAUAUCUAGGUGGCGAUGUUGGCAUGGAACUGCUGAACUUGUGUGACUUCCCAGUGCUGUGAGGGACGACUCCAGUAUCUUCAAACAUGUUCUUGCUCAACUUGACCGGAUUGUAAAGUUUAGGUGAAACUUUGAAAGUGCCUUUGCCUAACAGUUUCGGAGGCUUGAGAUGUUUUUGCUGCUUUGCCUUAAACUCCUCACAGUAUGCAACUCCUGCAGAUUCUUCAUGUUUGCGAGCAAGGAAAGCCUGGUUUAACUCUUCGAGAUGAUCCGGUGUGAAGCCAUGGAACUUGAAAUUUGGUUCUUGUGUACACAUUGCAAUGACAACUGUAUCAUAGAAAACUCUACAGAAUAGUUCAGUUAAAACUGCUGCGUUUUCGUUCUUGUGAGCGUACUCUCAGUGGAACUUCUGGAACAGAAUCUGCAAGCCUUUGUUCUUGGUCUUCAGAUCUGGGUUGGAUGGAAUUUGUUUUCUAAACAAUGCAAAGUUUCUACUGAAAUUUGUGGGGCUUCACUUGAAAACCUCUUCAACUAAAGAUGGAUUCGAACCAAAAUAUAAGUCAGACUCUUUUGACAAGGAUCCAACCACUAAUUGAAAGUCUGGGACUCUUUGUUAAUGCUGGAUGAUGCUACAACCAUUUGGAAGUGUUUGAAGCGAUCGGCACUACCAGUUUGAAGCCAUCAAAGCAGCCCAUGGGGUCUCUCGAUCUGUGAGGCAGCCCUUUAGAUACUCCCUGUUGAAGUGUUUGCUGUUUUUAGUUAAUGUUUGAUAUAUCGCCCACAAUGACUUUGAGGCCUUCAUCGCAACCUCCUAAGAAUCCGUUCGUAUAGUUGAAGCUGAAUAACUCGGAGCUCAAGGCAUCUCCGAGUUCGGCUUCGAAGUUGAACAAACCUGGCUUCAGAAUUUCUUCAGGAGUCUUCACAACAGGCUUCUUGGCAGGCUCUUCUUCAUCCUUGUUGGGCGCUUGCUUAGGCUCUUCUUGAGCAACCUCUGGAGUCACUGUGUCUGGAGUCGGAGAGCAACCAUCUUCUCCUUCUUGCUGAGCGGCAUGCAGACUCUUCUGGUCAGACUCCUCAGUUUGCUGAGACGAUUCAAGAGGAGACUCUGGCAUGGAAUUGGAAGGCCCCACUGAGUUCUCGAGAGAACUUGGUUUCACAGGUAGUAACUCUUCAAAAAACUUUUUGUCAAAUGCGUUCUUCUGCGAGUGCGAGCGGAGAUUCUUGAAAGUCUCACUACUGAAGGGCUUGAGUGGCUCCACUUGCUUCUUGGGCUCUGAAUUCAGUCCUGGCUCUACAUAGUUGGUGAAAUCAAGGUAAUCCACCUCAACUCCAACUUGAUGGGCUUUGUUUAGGUCUUCAAGCUGCUUCGGUGUGAAGUCAUGGAACUUGAAGUUUGGAUCUGGUGUGUACAUUGCAAUGACCACUGUUCCAUAAAAAGUGCUGUCAAACAGUUUGUUCAGUAAUUUAGCAUUUCUAUUCUUUGGAAGGUAUUCUCCGCGGGACUUCUCAAAAAGACUUGGAAGCCUUUGUUCUGGAUGUUCAGUUCCGGCUGAUCUGGAAUUUCCUUUUUAAAUAAUGCAAAGUGGUUAGCAAUGUCUGGCGAUGUUCACUUGAAAAUGUCUUUGACAACUAGAGGAUUAGACCGGAAGAAAUAACUCAAAUUAUUUUUGAACCGAUUCGUGUCCAAGCUGUAAGUUCGAGGUUCUUCAUCAAAGUCGCAAGGAACCACAGUGACUUCAAAGCCCUUGAAGUGAGUAAAUUGGAGCCUCUUGUUGGCUUCCUGGCUUUUGCUGGAGCUGCUCGCUUUGUCUGUGUUCUGGGGUUUCUUUGCUCUGUUCUCCACGCCGUAUUUGAUAUUGCUCUGCUUUGAGGGUAAGGACUUGGCUUCCUUGGGUCUGGUUUCCUUAGGCUUGGCAUCCUCCAAAGCCUCAACUCAGAAAAAUUUGUUAGAUGCUUCAUUUUUUCUGGUGGAAGUCCAGCAUUUAUUUUUAUAAUUUCUUGUCAU